AUGGCCAAACCACCACUUCAAACUCGUAUACCAAUUGCGGAAAAAGCCUACAUUCCACCGGUCGUAGAAGCUCCGACAAUAGUUGCAAUGACCCCUCAAUAUCUACCACCAUUUAAUAGAGAAAAUUUAAAAUUUUGGUUUCUUCAAGUGGAAGAAGAACAAGUUCCAGCUUCAUUAUACGACGUUCUGACAGUUAAUUCAGAUGCUGAUUUAACAACGCUAGCAUUACUUACGGACCGACUUUUCAACAAGCGGAAAACUAAAGGCACAGUUUCGACGACACUAGGAGGCGUGCAAAGUCGUCUAAUAAUUCAGGACAAAAGGAAUAAUUUAUCAUUCUUAAUUGAUACCGGGGCUGAUAUUUCCGUACUGCCGCUCAGUACGGCAAAAGGAAAUAUCACCCCUUCUGAUUUUAAGGUAUAUGCUGCUGAUGGUACGCUGAUAUCGACCUACGGUGUCAGAACGCUGAUUCUGGAUCUCGGAUUGCGGCGUCCAUAUAUCUGGAAGUUCAUCGUUGCCAAAAUUCAACAACCAAUUAUUGGUGCAGAUUUUUUAAAAUAUCACGGUUUUCUGGUUGAUCUUAAAAAUAGACGAAUAAUAGACGACUACACGAAAAUUCAACAAAUAGCACAGCUAAGCACAGUUAAACAUCCAACAAUUACAACAUUAAACAAAGAACACAAUAAUGUAUAAAGUAACACAAAAAUAUAUAAAGC